CCCCUUCCCUCCAGCCCCUCUCAGCCUGGGCACAUCCUCCAGCCGCCCGCGCACCUCUCCUCGCGGUCCCGGCUUCGCAGCUCGGCCCUCCGCUGCGCUCGGCUUCCGCAGGCGCUCGCCCCCGGGCCCCUCGGCCCCCGCCCCGCCGGCCGGACAGACCAGAGCUCAUGGCCGGCCCCAGCACCCACGUUGUCGCCAUGCUGUUCCUCACCCUCCUGGUGCUCUCGGAGCUGAGCCUGGCAGGCUCCCUGGGACCUGGAACCCCGGCUCGGAACCUUCCUGAGAAUCACAUCGACCUCCAGGGCCCAGCACUGUGGAUGCCUCAGGCCAGCCACCACCGCCGGCGGGGCCUGGGCAAGAAGGAGCGGGGCCCAGGCAUGCCCGGCCGGGCUCAGGAUGGGGCUGUGGUCACCACCACCAGGCAGGCCUCCAGGCUGCCAGGGGCAGGGGAGCCGCUGCCCGGGCAGAGUCCUGCAGGCCUACCGGAGGACAAGGGCCCGCUCCUGGGGCUGGCACUGCCCUACCCGGAGAAGGAGAACCGGUCUCCCGGGUCAGAGAGGGUCAAGAAACGUGGCAGGGAGUUCAAGAGACGCAGGGAAAGGUUGAAACUGCACAGAGGCCGAGCCUUGGUCCGAGGUCCUAGCUCCCUGAUGAAGAAGGCAGAGCCGUCCGAAGACCAGGCACCGGAUGCCACGAUGGAGGAAUCCUCCACCAGCCUGGCCCCCACCAUCCUCUACCUAACCACCUUUGAGGCAGCACCUGCCACAGAAGAGUCCCUGAUCCUGCCUGUCACAUCCCUGUGGCCCCAGGCUCAGCCCAGGCCUGAUGGGGAGGUGAUGCCCACACUGGACAUGGCCUUGUUCGACUGGACCGAUUAUGAAGACUUAAAACCUGAGGUCUGGCCCUCUGCAAAGAAGAAAGAGAAACACUGGGCUAAACUCUCCAGCGAUGGUAACGGAACGUCACCGGCUGAGGGUGAGCCGUGCGACCAUCAUCAAGACUGCCUACCAGGGAGCUGCUGUGACCUUCGGGAACAUCUCUGCACGCCCCACAACCGCGGCCUCAACAACAAAUGCUUUGAUGAUUGCAUGUGUAUGGAAGGGCUGCGCUGCUAUGCCAAAUUCCACCGGAACCGCAGGGUCACACGGAGGAAGGGGCGCUGCGUGGAGCCGGAGACGGCCAACGGCGACCAGGGGUCCUUCAUCAACGUCUAGCGGCUCUGCGCGAGGCGCCUCCCCGCCGGCCUGGGGACCGCGCGCGCGCCGAGGUUUGGAGAAGCCGGGCAAUUUGUUCAGAACUAGCAGUGCGAGAUCGGAUGGGGACUAGAUGAUCGAGGCUGCAGGCGCCAGCCCAGGACACUCAGCCCUAGCAGGGGAGCCCUGGGCGAACUGCCCCCGCCCAGGAGCCGAGCUGCGGCACACCUGCGCCCACCUCCCGGCCUCCGGAGGACCCACGAGGCCCCCGCGGCCCCGGGGGGGGGGGGGGGAAACCGCGUACUCCGCGAUGGCAAUGUCGAGACUGCCCUCUACUGCCCGACCUCAGCACUGCAAUGGAGAGGUUUCUGAGCGCGUAAAGGGACCACUCCCAGAGACCGAGAACCCGAGGAUGUGAACGCGGGAACACCCCUGCCGUACCUGGCACUGUGCUAAAUGCAUGCCAUACGUUAUCUCUCUUAGUUAUCACAAUGACCUUUCAGAGUGGGCAUUAUCACCGUUUUAUAGGUGAGGAAAACCGAGGCAGACUUGCCUAGUUAUGACUUGUCCAGGGUCCCAGAUCAAUGCUCCUCAAACCUUAACCUGUGUAAGAACCCCCCGGGGAGAUCUGGCUCAAAUGCAGAUUCUGGCUCAGUCGCUUCUGCAUUUUUAACAAGCUCUGAGGGGGGGGGGGCAUGCUGCUGAUGCUGAUGGGGACCCCACUGAGAGCACCCAGGUCCUAGGGAGUAAACACCAGAGCCGGGAUUUGAACCCAGGCCAAGCCUGUCGGGUUCCCCAGGCCCAAAGGGUGGUUGCUUGUCCACAACCAAGGAUUUAUCCCAGGUUCUCCAGGGCUUUCAGUGGGAAAGAAGCAUUCCCUGGCAGUUCCUUUCCCUGUGAUGAAGUCUGCAAAAACUAACUGUUCUCUUCCUUCCCUGGACAAAGGUGUAUCAUCUUUAAAAACAAAACAUGCAUUAAGCUCCCGCUUGCCAGUAAGGCAUGACUUGGGAAGAUUGGUCGCUGCCCUCUGGGAGUUGGUAUUCUGAGAUACAAUGUGUUUGGGGGAAACAAGAGUGCAUGUCCCAGGACAUGCGCUUUGCCGUUGCCCUGAUAGCUUCUUAAGCUUCUGUGGUUCGUGCCCUUUGAGAAUCGAAUGCCAAUAUGGACUCAAAAUAUGCAUCCAUUUUGCAUGCUGCCUUAGUGGUUUCCAGGCCUCCCACAGACAUCUCUAGACCCCCACACCACACUUCUGCAGCAAAGCCUACUGAGGAGUUGAGGUACCUCUGAGGUCAAGGUGCUGUCUGAAACUACCUGCCCCCCCCCCCCAUAAGCUAGACCCACGAUGCCCUCAGAACAUCUCUCCCAGCAGAUCUGGCUCUAAGGGUCACUUCUGGAGAGCCACUUAAAUCCCCCCUAUACACACCUGGCACCUCAUUCUUGGUCAGCCCUCUGGUCCAGGGCAAACCAGGUUGCAAAUGACAAAAGCGUUCCCUGUCCAAAUUCCUCGCUGGCCUGGACACCUGCCAGAGGGACCAUACCCGUGAUGCCAGGGCUGUUUAUUCCAUUGGGAAAAUCAGUCAGGGUCAGAGGUCUGGCACCAAGCAUAGCAGACAGAUCUAGGAGAAACCAAAUAUCCUUGCUCAUUUCUCCCUUUUCAAGUUCUAUGGGCAAAGGAAUCUUGGGCGUGGGGGCGGGGCAGGGGAACCGAAAGAGAUCAAAGCUGGCUGUUUGGAAAUCAAAUCCACCAGCAGUUUUGUCUAAGACCAGACAACGCCCGUGCUGUGUGUGCUUCACUUGGGGUGGCUGAUCUGAGAUUGUGAUUGAACCCUAAGGGGGUGGCUGCAGGCAGGAAGCACAGCAUUGCUUAUGUCUGGCAUCGCUUGUGUCUGGGGGCUAAUAGGAUGGCCCGGGGACAUCAGCAAUGGAAAACACAGAAGGCCCCAUGGAACUAUCCCUGUCUACUAGGGGAGUUCCACGGUUGGAAAUUCAGAGGAGUCUAGCUC